GUGACGGGUAGAGAGGGUGGCAGGAGUAGAGGGGACGCUCCACCAUGGACUAUGAAGUAAAGAAAGGGAAGAAGGGCUUUGUGUCCCCCAUCCGAAGACUGGUGUUCCCCAAGGCCGCACGCCGGGCAGCCUUUCGAAAUAGUGUGAGCCGACGGCCUCUGCACUCAAUGCCCCUUUAUCCCCCAGACUAUCUCAUCGACCCCCAAAUUCUGCUAUGUGACUACCUGGAGAAAGAGGUCAAGUUCCUAGGCCACCUCACCUGGGUGACUUCCUCUCUGAACCCCUCCAGCCGUGAUGAGCUCCUGCAGCUGCUGGACAAGGCCAGGCAGCUGAAGGAGCUGCCGCUGAAGACCACGGCGGAGCAGGACAGCAUCCUGAGCCUGUCGGCCCGCUGCCUGCUGCUCACCUGGCGCGACAACGAGGAGCUCAUCCUGCGCAUCCCCACACACGAGAUCGCCGCCGCCUCCUACCUGCAGGACGACGCGCUGCACCUGCUGGUGCUUAAGACCGGUCUGGGCGUGGACCCGGUGCCGGCCGGCGUGGAUGCCAGCCCUGGCGGCGCGAGGUGCGACCCGGGCCCCCCGGGCGCGGCGCCCGAGAAGCGGCGGGUGGGCACCGCGGAGCGGCGCCACACCAUCUGCAGCCUGGACUGGCGGAUGGCGUGGGGCGGGGGCGCGGGCGCCGAGGCGCGGGCCGGGGGCGGCGGCGGCAGCCUGGAGCGCCAGCGCGCGGGGGCGCGGGCGUCGGGCAGCUGGGAGCGGCGGCAGACGUUCAGCGGCAGCUGGGAGCGGCGGCACGCGGGCGGCGGCGGUGGCGCGGGCAAGCCGGGCGGCAGCUGGGAGCGAAGGCAGGCGGCCGGCGGCGGCGGCAGCUGGGAGCGGCGCCACCCGGGUCCCAACCCGCUGGACCCUCAGGACCCCAGCCCCGACGCCUACUGCAACCUGGUCAUCCUGGCUGUGCCCAACAGGGAUGCUGCUGAGGAGUCUUGCGCACUCAUCUGUCAGGUUUUCCAGAUCAUCUAUGGGGACCAGAGCAUCGAGUGUGUGGACCGGGCUGGCUACCACUACAUGUCCACCCCCGAACGGCCCUGGCUCUGCAGCCACAGUGACAGCUGCCAUACCGAUGGGACUUACGCCUACGACGCUGACUUCAGCUGCUGCAGCUCCUUCAAUGGCUCCCAGGACACAUUUGAAGCGUGCUACAGUGGCACAUCCACUCCUUCUUUCCAUGGCUCGCACUGCAGUGGCAGUGACCACAGCGGCCUGAGUCUUGAGCAGCUGCAGGAUUACAUGGUCACGCUGCGGAGUAAGCUGGGGUCCUCUGAGAUCCAGCAGUUUGCACUGCUUCUGCGGGAGUACCGCCUGGGGCUGCCCAUCCAGGACUUCUGCGCUGGCCUGCUGAAGCUCUACGGGGACCGCCGCAAGUUCCUGCUCCUCGGCAUGCGGCCCUUCAUCCCGGACCAGGACAUCUGCUACUUCGAGGGCUUCCUGGAGGGCAUGGGCAUCCGCGAGGGCGGCAUCCUUACCGACAGCUUCGGCCGCAUCAAGCGCAGCAUGAGCUCCACGUCGGCCUCAGCGGUGCGCAGCUACGAUGGCGCCGCCCAGCGGCCGGAGGAGCAGGCCUUCCACCGCCUGCUGGCGGACAUCACGCACGACAUCGAGGCGCUGGCCCCCGACGACGACGACGACGAGUCCCGGGGCGGGGGCGAGGUGGCUGAAGACAACUACCUGUAGCCUCUGCUCCUGGCAGGCCGCCCCUGAGCUUCCUCACUCUUGCUGUGAGUCCCCAGCCCUUGGCACCCUUGUUCCCUUGCCCACCCCUGCGCGAGGACCGUCCCGGGCCCUCGCGGCGCGGGUCCCUGCAGUACCAACAGUGUCCUGCAGGGGGAGGGCGAGGGCGGGCCCCAACGUCCCCCGUAGUCACGCGGGCGCAGCCGGCGCCUGGCUGGCCUCAGAACACCCCUUCCUCCUCGGGCCCCCCAGCUUUUCCGAGGCUGAGGGAUGAGGAAGGGCCCCACCUGCCGGCAGACUGGAAAAUAGAAUUCGCGCGCGCGAACACACACACACACACACACACACACACACACACACACACACACACACCCAAACCUCUUGUAGUUUACAGAUUUGGAAACUGGGUUCAAAAAAGAGCAAGAGGUUUGCGGGAACCUCCUGACUGUCCUUAAAUGUUGCCUUGCAUUUCUUCAUCUCUCCAAUCAUUAUAGCCCCAUGUUCACAGGGUGGUGAUGAGGAAUUAACAAAGGACAAGUCCCUAGUGCUCGGGCCUGGAGCAUAGCAGGUGCUCAAUAAAAGCUGCUUCCUUCC